UAAUUUUACUUAAUAUUUUUCAAUUCAAUUAUUUAAUAUCCAAAAAUUAAUAAUUGAUGAUUUUGUAGCAAAAUUUUUUGACGUGAGCUAUGAUUCAAUUUUUUUUUUUUGCAUUUAAUGAAACAUUAUAACAUAAGGAUAAUAUCGUGCAAGUGAUAAAGAAAAGUAUAUAAAUGGAAUAACAUUUCACAUUCAGCAUUUAUAACUGGACAGUUUCUCUAACUACUAUAAAAAAUAUUAUUUACUAUUGUUCGAACAAUGACGAUUCGUUACUUCGAUUUUAAUGAAAUUAAAAUCUGGGUUUUUCUAUUAAUUAUUCAAAUUAAUACAUCGGCAAUAACAUCAAAAUUAGUUCCAAUUCAGAAAAGUGAUCCGACAGAAUGGCGUGAAGAUGGAGUGGAAGCCAAUUUUGCUCAAUUCAAUAGCUUGUACACGAUACUUAUCAAUGAAGAAGAGUUGAACAGUGAUAAAUUUUGUUCUGGCAAAUGUGAUUCAAUUGACUCACAAGGUGCAAAGAGUGCACAAAAUUUAUCUUAUCCAAACCAAUGUGUUGGAUCACUUCGCCAUUGCUGGUUAGAAAGAGAAACUGACAAACGGAAAAAAGCGAAAAAAGAUUACGCCAAAUCAACAUACGUUGACUGUUCUGGUGUUGUUGAGAAUAAGGGUUGUUUCCAACCAUAUAGCGCAAGUGAGCAAGAACAUUAUCACGAUAUACUAUUUACUACUGGUAACAUUUGCAAAUGCUUAUGUGAACGAGAUGAUAUUUCAAAUGCUAAAAACAAGCGUGGUAAAUUACUUGAUUCCAUUUGUUUUGAUCCCGUUUCAGUUGAUAAUGGAUAUGUUGCAACUGGCGCGAGAUUUAGAAGACGCGGUAACGCCAUACACCUUGAACUUCAACAAGGAGUAUUAUCACAAGGAAAAAUUAAUCCAGUAACUCUCAAGUGGAAGACUUCAUGUCAUUGUAAUUUAAAAAAGAAAGUUAUUACUAAAUUCCGAAACGAUGGUAAUUACAUUAGUUUAAAAAUCAUACUAGACGAUCUUACUUUAACAGAGAAUGCAGUUGUCACAGGUGUUACGUUAGGUGCUUCAUUGCGCGGACGAUACGUCGAUGACGAUGGUAAUAUUAAUACAAAUGAAUCCGAAAUUACACAAGAAAGUCAAUGCCAUGGAAGUCCCAUCGAUUUGGUACAUCGUGAUCGAGAUCUUCGGCCGUCCACAGCUUUAAUAGGAAAAACUAAUUACGAACGCAGUGAACCUUGCGAUUAUAAGAUAAUUUUUGGUGGAACUAAACAGAGUUCUGAUAAUAUACAACAUGUAGUUCCAUUUGUCGAUUUACAGGAGAUUGUCACCGAUCAAAAUUCACCUAAACCUAUUCACGGAAUCAGCUGGUAUUAUCGCGGUUAUCCUCGUUAUGGAGGAUAUCUAGCUCUUAAGAUUUUUACAAAAGAAUAAUAAUUUUUGUAUUAAUAUUUAUCUCAACGGUAACGAUGUUCCGCUAAUCAACAUGACUUGAUGUAUGAAAAAUAGCAUUAUUUGCAAAAUUCAAAUUGGUAA